AUGCCAAACCGUUAUAGAACUAUUAAGAUAUUGACUUAUCGGUUAUUGAUCAUUAUCGAUUCGGUUAAAGAGUUUGCUGCUCACACUGCUGCAGUCAACGAUCUUUGCUUUGACACAGAAGGUGAAUACAUUGGAAGUUGUUCUGAUGAUGGAUCUGUCAUAAUAAAUAGUCUUUUUACUAAUGAGAGAAUGAAAUUUGAGUAUCAUCGGCCAAUGAAUGCUGUUGCUUUAGACCCAGAUUAUGCAAGAAAAUCUUCCAGAAGAUUUGUGACCGGUGGUUUAGCUGGUAAUUUGUAUCUUAAUGCGAAGAAGUGGAUGGGCUAUCGGGACCAGGUUCUGCACUCUGGUGAAGGUCCAAUUCAUGCAGUGAAGUGGCGGUCUAGUCUCAUUGCCUGGGCGAAUGAUGCAGGAGUUAAAGUUUAUGAUGCUGCCAAUGAUCAGCGCAUAACUUUCAUUGAACGACCUCGUGGAAGUCCACGCCCUGAACUUCUGGUCCCUCAUAUAGUUUGGCAGGAUGACAGUCUUUUGGUCAUUGGAUGGGGAACCUCUGUGAAAAUUGCAUCAAUAAAAACAAACCAGAACAAAGGCGUGAAUGGGUCAUACAAGUAUAUAACCAUGUCUAGUCUGAAUCAGGUGGAUAUUGUGGCAUCCUUUCAAACCAGCUAUUUCAUUUCAGGAAUUGCUCCUUUUGGUGAUUCUUUGGUUGUUCUAGAUUAUAUUCCCGCUGAAGAAGAUGGAGAGAAGGAGUUCAGCAGCACUAUUCUCUCCAGAGAGGGAAAUGCCCAAAGACCAGAAGUGCGUGUUGUGACGUGGAAUAAUGAUGAGCUCGCUACCAAUGCUCUCCCUGUACAUGGCUUUGAGCAUUACAAGGCAAAAGAUUAUUCACUUGCACAUGCUCCAUUUUCAGGCCACAUCUUUCCUUGAUGAACUGUAUCAUCGAUCUCAACCAUACACAUUCUUUACUUUCUUAAUGAAUUGCUAUUAUUUCAGCAUGAUUUGAAGAAGUAGCAACAAUAGACUACUUUGUAGAUUGCCAUGAUAUAGCAGUUUCUCCGUGUGUAAAUAAAUAGCCUGUCUGAGAUUGAGCUUUAUGUGGGUCUGAUAAA